UAAUACUUCUCAUAAAAUAUCUUCUUCUUCUAAAGCACACAUUUCACAUUUCACCGAUCAUAUCAGCUCAAAUCCGGAGUGAGAAAAUGGAGUACGUGAGGCCGAACCGCAGCGACGUCCAUUUGAGCGGAGAGGAGGCGGCGAAGGUCGAGGCGGCUGUUCGCGAGCGCUUCGACGAGGCGGCGCCGAAGCGCCACACCAAGCCUCAGCGGAGCGACCACUCCGCCGUUUACACCGACGCUCUCUCAUCCGACGACGGAGUUAUUGCCGAGCACGCUCAGUUCCAGCAGCUCGAGAAGGAUACUGAGAAAUUGGUUUACUCUGGAGGCAAACCUGAUGAAGAAUUUACAGAAACUGAGUAUUACAAGGACCUCAACUGCGUUGACAAGCAGCAUCACACGACUGGAACAGGGUUCAUAAAAAUGGAGAACACAAACGAGAAGGACUUCAGCAUAGCAGGUGAAACCACAACAGAAUGCCACGCCUCGAGCAAGGGGAACCCUGCUACUAAUGACUGGAUUCCAUCUCCUUCAACUGAGGUGGAUUUCACAAGUGAUAAGCCCAGUAGGAGUGACUGCUGAUUUGUGGUUUGAUCAUUGCAUUCGGUGUUGGAUGUGUUUGGAGUUUGAAUCAUGGAUUCAAGUUGAAGGAGUGUUUUGAUGGAUUACAGUGAUUUGGCUUUGAGUGAUGUGUGUAUUUGUUGGCUUAGAUUCUUGCCCUUGUAAUAUUAAUAUAUUCCAUUUCUGAAGUCAGUUAGGAAAUGUGUUGCAGUUACUUAGUUGGCUGAGCAAUUUGUGUGUUAUUACGCCAUUUAUGUGUUAAAUAAUCUGGAGCAAUAUUUAUUUCAUCUUUCA